UGAAGCGGAAGCCAUUACCCUCUGGAGGCGAUUAGAGUAACACACAUGGGCAAAGGAGAGGGGCACCGCGCGUCCCUUGUACUUGGUGGGCACCUUCUACUACCUCGCAGCAUAUGGGGCUUUACGUACGAGUUUCUCGUCCUUCGGCGGCAACUUUCGAGACCUCUGCUCCCUGGGUUGUAUCCCCAUCCUGCGCCAGCCUGGAGAGUUCCAUGAGAGAAGAACAGGAGCUUCCUGGUUGUCCUGGUGCUGUUGCCCUGCUGACGCCAUUCUCUCAAGAUGGCAGCUUCUGGUCUGUUUCCAACAUGUGCUGUGUCCACCCAGGACCCUGCCUGUCUCCAAGAGUCAGAAUUCCCUCUUCCUUCAAAGCACCAUUCCUAUUCCCAGGAUUUGGACCUAUUUGUAUGCCAUGAUUUGGAGCCUCAUACACCCGCCAGAGAGUGUAAUCAGGAAUCCGUGACUUUCCAGGAUGUGGCUGUGGACUUCACUGAGAAGGAAUGGCCUCUCCUGGAUACCUCUCAGAGGAAGCUGUACAGAGAUGUGAUGCUUGAGAACUAUAGCAACCUGACUUCACUGGGGUAUCACAUUGGAAAACCCAGCCUUAUCUCUCACUUGGAGCAAGAAGCGGACCCAAGGACUGAGGAGAGGGGGACUCAACAAGGGACUUGUCCAGAUUGGGAAACUCCAUCUAAAACCAAGUGGUCAAUUCUCAUGGAAGAUAUAUUUGGGAAGGAAACAUCUGGUGGUAUGAUGAUGGACAGAGCUCCCCUUGGGGAGAGGUCGGCUGAGUACAACAAGCACUUGUUUGAAGUCUUCAGCAUGGGUGCUCACCUUGCGCAGCAGAUGAGACAGCACGGGGGUAGGCAGCCCUAUCGCCGCCACAGCUAUGGAGUGGCCUUCAAACCCAGAACGCACCUUUCCCAGCACAUGAGCAUGUACGAUGGGCGAAAGAUGCAUGAGUGCCACCAGUGCCAGAAAGGCUUCACCACCAGCGCGUCCCUCACACGGCACCGUAGGAUCCACACUGGGGAGAAGCCCUACGAAUGCCGGGACUGUGGGAAGGCCUUCAAUGACCCCUCGGCCCUUCGGAGCCACUCGCGAACCCACCUCAAGGAGAAGCCUUUUGACUGCAGCCAGUGUGGUAAUGCCUUCCGCACGCUGUCGGCCCUGAAGAUCCACAUGCGAGUGCACACUGGCGAGCGACCCUACAAGUGUGACGAGUGUGGUAAGGCCUAUGGCCGCAGCUGCCACCUGAUUGCGCAUAAGCGCACACACACUGGGGAGCGGCCCUAUGAGUGCCAGGACUGUGGCAAGGCUUUCCAGCACCCUUCGCACCUAAAGGAGCAUGUGCGCAACCAUACCGGGGAGAAGCCUUACGCAUGCACACUAUGCGGCAAGGCCUUCCGCUGGAAGUCCAACUUCAACCUGCAUAAGAAGAAUCAUACCGUGGAGAAGACCUACCCCUGCAAGGAGUGUGGCAAGCCCUUCGGGGACCUGGUGUCGCGUCGGAAGCACAUGAGGGGUCACAUCGUGAAGAAGCCGGUGGAGUGUCGCCAGUGCGGGAAGGCCUUCCGCAACCAGUCCAUCCUGAAGACGCACAUGAACUCACACACUGGCGAGAAGCCCUACAGCUGUGACCUGUGUGGCAAGGCCUUCAGCGCCAGCUCCAACCUCACAGCGCACCGCAAGAUUCAUACGCAGGAACGGCACUAUGAGUGUGCGGCCUGUGGCAAGGUCUUUGGUGACUACCUGUCCCGAAGGAGGCACAUGAGUGUGCAUCUGGUGAAGAAGCGAGUGGAGUGCCGACAGUGUGGCAAGGCCUUCCGUAACCAGUCCACGCUCAAGACGCACAUGCGGAGCCACACUGGUGAGAAACCCUACGAGUGUGACCACUGUGGCAAAGCCUUCAGCAUCGGCUCAAAUCUCAAUGUGCACCGGCGGAUCCACACUGGUGAGAAGCCCUACGAGUGUCUGACCUGCGGAAAGGCCUUCAGUGACCACUCGUCCCUGCGGAGCCAUGUGAAAACGCACCGUGGGGAGAAGCUCUUCGCCUCCUCCGUGUGGAAGAGGCUGCAGUGAGCACCCAAACCACAAGGAAGCUACAGAGGCAUAAAGAAUGUGGGAACCCUUCAUGGAGCUGGAUGUGUGAUCCCAGCACUUGGGAAGUUGAGACACGAGAAUCACAAAUUCAAGGCCAGCCUGGAUUACAUAGUAGCAACAUCUUGUCUCAACCAAACAGAAUAAAACGAGGUGCAUGAAAUUUAGAGAUCCAGCUUCUGUAAAGCUAUAUAAGAACUGAGCUAUUUCACGUGGGAGAUCUUUUGGAAGAAGAGGAUAUGAAUCUGUCCUGGAGUCACCUUUGGGUACACCAAACUCUUAAACAUGAGAGAACUUCAAGAGAGAAGCUCCAGCUUGGCACUAAAUGUCAGAAUAACUUAAGCAGUUAUCACCUUCUGGGAAGGAUGAGAGAAUCUCUGUCAUAGUGGCUGCUUGGGGAAGCCUUUCUUAGUCUCCCCGUAUUCCUUGAGCAAAAUCACUGGAGAGAAGAAUCUGUGAAGUAAGGAAUGUGGGGAAGUCUACAAAAGCAAGGAACAGACCAUUCCCAGCUAUCUGAUUCUCAUAAGCUGAGCAUAGUUGUUUCAUUUCCAAAGAGGAAGCAUAGGAGAGAUGAAAUGUGGUCCUUAAAGCUGUGACCAAAAAGCAUGGCCUAUGCUUGGUCUGCAGCAUGGUUCUUACCUGGGAGCAGUUUUGCUACCCAGGGGAGAUUUAGUGUUGCAGGAGACAGUUAUGCAUGAAGCACAGAGAAAUUAUGCUACCGCCACACUGCAGGAAGUCAUCAUGAAGCUGCCAAAUUUCCUGCCAUCCAAAGGAGCCCCUUGUGUGAAUUGUGUGCCCUAAAAUGUUUGUCUCACAGAGGUGGGGAACAAUCCCAGUUAGAGUCUGCAGUAACAGACUGAAGUCUGUGAUUCUUGAGGCCAGUUCUACUGGAAAAAAUUUAUUUUAAAAUUUAAAAUUACAAGUUCUUUCAGGAAAUAACUGAGCCUGAGCCUGUUGGUGACCCUCUGUGGAAAGGAUUUCAGCCACUAUACCCUCACUGUGUUUGUAUCUCCUUGAGAAGGAAACGCUAUGAUAUUCUCCAGAGAUCUCCAGACUCUACCUGAUGGAUUAGUCGUGAAACUAGGCCCCAGUAUAUUAAUUUUUUCCCUUUAUUUUUAAGAUUAUGCCCCUUUCAACCCUUAUGCCUCCUCACAGAAGUUUCGCUUAUGAUAUUUUUACUAGGGCUGCAUUCCUGACAUAUCUUUACUUCCUUUUGGCAUACUAUUGACUGAUGGCCUAUUCAGGAUUGUGUCUUAUGCUGUCUUAUGCUCAGUACCUGUUACUGCUUUCUGAUUGGAAUGCAUCAUGAUCAGAGCAUAAAAUCCAUCACCUGGACUGUUCUGUAUGUUUGUAGCCUCCCACACAGCCAGGGGAGGCAUAGGCUUCUAGUUGCUUCCUGAGUGCCCACUGUCAUCUUCCAUAUCAGAAGAAUCCAUGUUCUGUUGGACUAGUAAGGUGUGCUGUUUUAAAAAUCUCUUAAAGAUUUUCUUUCAGUAUUUCCUGUCCAUAUCAUAUAGACAAAUAAACAGAGAUCACUGUAAGAGUUUCUGAGAAAAAGCUCUUGAGCAGGGUUCUUUCCUACCUGGGUUCUUCUCCACAUUUUAUUCUUUACUCUUUCCCAUGUCUCACCUUGCAAGGACCUAGUCCAUAGUAUUACAGGGUUGGUGUUGUGAUCAUGAGGAUGAAAGCCAGACACUGACGAGGACACUAAUGCACAGUCACAGUGAUUCUGGCUUCCCCAUGGCUUCUUAGAGAAUCUUCAUAACUUAUUACUUCUGAAUUUCCUACUAUAUGAGAAAAAAUAAACUGAUCACUUGUUAAGGUGCUAUGGA